UCGAAUGACCCGGCCCACGUAGACCGCGAAGGGCGGUGUCUGUCGAGGAUACCUGGUUUUGGGACACAGCUAUUAGAUCCUACGAUUUCCUUCAAGCCUUCUCCCCUUAUUUGUAUUUAUCUACGCGAAGUUGAUCCCCAUCUGCCCUCAAACGCCAUAAAACGGCUUGUUUUCGGUUUCUGUUUUAAGCCACAAAAACCGUUGAUGCUCAUUCUUUCCAAAAAUUAAUUGAUUUCCUGUUUACACCCACAUCAAAACCCAAAAGCGAUCAUUGCUGUUAGAUUUAUAUAGAAAUUUGGUGAAAUAGAGCCUACAAAUGUGUAGCGUGUUAGGAUGUGAUAUCAUGGUUUCUGCGUUGUUUGUCUUCGGAUACGCCGCUGUCUUCAUAGUGCCCGUGUUAUCCUGUCGACCAAAUGAGUAUAAAACAAAUGACGGACAGUGCUGCCCAAUGUGCAACGAAGGUAGAGUUGUUCAGAGAGACUACACAGCAUAUUCAGGAACUCGGUGCCGUUUCUGUGACCUAGGGACUUUCAUGAACCAACCCAACGGCCUGUCUACCUGUUUCCCCUGCACAUCCUGUGACACAGGCCAUGGUCUUUUUGUCAAGCGGGACUGUACAGCAACAACUGACACAGUGUGUGACGUUUUAAAUGGAUAUCACUGUAAAGAUUUGAUAGACAGUAACGGAUGUAGUUUGACAGAGAAACAUUCACAGUGUGCAGCUGGUCAGAGGAUAAAAGAACCUGGGACCAGCAGAAGUGACACAGUGUGUGAAGACUGUCAGCCAGGCUUCUUUUCCAAGGACGGUGUGAACUGCACGGCUUGGAAAGUGUAGGUCAUAAUUUAUAAUAAAAUCACUCUAAAAGUGUUUAAUAUAUUCAGUUAUUGAUCAUCAAUGUCUUAAUGGAAUCUCUCAUAUACUUGGGACUAGGGCUGUGCCACAUCAUAUCAUCUGCAAUAAUACCGGUAUUACACUAUAUACUGUGUGUUGCUAUAGCAACAUUAUGUGUUUGUUUCCUAGUGUUUAUGACAAGGAGUCAAAACCAUGCAUGUCUAAAUGUAAGAGCAGUGUUUCAAUGAUGAUUUAGUAACUAAAAAUGGAGCUACUUCAGCAGCCUACAGCAAACACAGGAGAAAACAUGCAAGAAAUCUGUUUGUAAAAAGUGGAAAACACUCCGUUGAGUAGAACGAGGCUAUGAAGACACAUGAGGAGACAGGAGCAGUCACUAGCUGCACUUGCUAGUUAGACUGUAUAUAACAGGAGGAGCAAACAAUGUGUGGAAAUUAAUGAUGCAGUAACAUGAUGGAAAAGCAGGACUUUAAGUAGUUGGUUAAAAUCCUGACACGAUAAAUUGCCCCAGAUAGAAAAUAUUUUUUAUUUUUAUAUUUUUUGAUUUAUUAAUAACAGUUUUAAAAGUUUUUUAUACUUUAUUUGAAAAUUCCAGGGAAAAUACUACCUGCGCUACUUUUGAACUUACGUCUUCUUUUGUUAGAUUCACACUUCAGUUUAAGUAGUCUGACAUUGAUGACGGUAGCACUACAGUUAUAAAUGCUGCUACCUGCAACCAUUUUAAAACUCAAUGCUUUUUUUUCUAUAUUUUCAUAUCUCAGUGAUAUAUUACCCACCUCCACACGAGACUUUGGGAUUUGCCCCCCUUUAGUAACCUGAGAACCAGUGAUUUAGCUGAUUAAACAGAAAAUUAGCCAACUUUUGAUUUUAAUGUUGUAAUUGUAGAAUAAAUACUUUGAAUUUGUUGAAAAUAAAGUUUGUAUAAUUUAAAAUACAGUCAUAUAUUAUCAGAGAUUCAUUAAUAGUAACAUCGUGGUGUCUCAGUUACUGUGUAUAGAAGAUAAACAUGAUUACCUCUGGAAAGGAGGUCAUGUUUUUUAAUAGGGUGUGUGUGCAUGUGUGCCGUUCUGUCUGUAAACAUGAUAGCUUGAAAGGUUUCGAAUGAGUUCUGAUAAAACCUUGUUGGAGUGUAGAACUGACAAAAAUCCUCAUAACUUAGAGCAGUGUUUCCCAACCACUGUGCCGCAGCACAUAAGUGUACCAUGAGAAAUGAUCAAGUGUGCUAUGGAAAAUUAUCUGGUUCCACCUGAUUAGUACUCGAAGCGUCCGGCACGAGUCACGGGCAGAACAAUUACAUUCUCUUCCACUAGAGGGCAGUACAACUAUAUGCUCUAAUUAAAUGAGUUGCCAACUGCCAAAAAUGUAAAACACCAUGUCACAUUUGACCUCUGACCUCUCCUUCAAUAGACUGAGACAGAUGACAGCACAGAUGUGGCAUCAGUUAAUCCUGAUGGCCACAUUCAAACACAUCUACAGAUGUAAACAGGAGCUCUGCUUUAUCAUAAACUCCUUGUGUUUAGAGUGAAAACACAAGAUGUU